GCGGGCGCCGUCAGUGGCGGCGACGGCGACGGCGGCAGCGCCGACGACACAUGAGUACGUGACCGACACCUCGACGCGGCUUUUAGUAGUUUCCCGCGGACCGCCGACGCCGGACGACAAUCGCCAUCACGCAAGACGCGGACGCAUCACACGACGACGACGACCGUUGCGCCGCGCGCGUAUUUCGAAACAACCGUUUGAAUCCGUCACGCACACGUCUGCAGUGGUCGCGGCCGGUCUUCCCUCGUCGGUGUGUCUUGAGUGCGCGAGCUCUCCGUCCGUCCGCCCGUCGUUCUGUCCGUCAGUGCGUCAAUCCGUCCGCUGCAGCAAUACGCACGAUUUCGCCGUUUUAUCGCCUUGACACGUGCGCGGGCGCGCGUGCGAUUGCGAUUUCCGACGUCAACGAGAAACGAUUAUAUUAUUAUUAUUAUUAUUAUUAUUACCUAUUAUUAUUAAUAUUAAUAUUCAACGACGAUCGCUGCGACACGAUAUAAUAAAAAUAUCAUAUAAUAAUAAUAAUAAUAAUAAUAAUAAUAAUAUUGUUAAUCGCUCGUCGCGUACGCCACUUGCCGUUUACCGUCUGUACCGUUAAUAUAACAACGUACCGUCCGGUUUUCGGUCGUCAAGCUGUCGUCGUACAGGAGUGACUCGUCGGUGGCCGGCGGCGGCGGCGCGAGCAGCACCGGAAGCGGCUGCUAUCCGAACAGCGAAUACCACGGUGGCGGUAACAAAACGUACCGGCACAAGGGCCGGUCCAAGUCGGCCACGUGUAAGUACGUGGACGACAAGCCGAAGAAGAAGAAAAAGUCGUCCGCCGCCGACUCGUCGUCAUCCUCCAACAGCGUGUCCUUAGCGUCCAUACCCAACACCAUCAAGCUGUCCAUGCUCAACAGCGGUCUGUUGCCGUUAUAUUUCAUAAUACGAUUCGCUGUGGGGCCAAACGGAGUGAUAUCUGGCGACAAAAAAAUCCCAAAAGAGUGUUUCGUCAAACACUGUGAUCAAAGGCGGAAAUAUCCUGUGCUGUAUAAAUUAGAGUUUCAGGCUGCAGUUAAAGUGGAAACUCAUUCCUGCCGUCAUGCUACUAAGCCAAACAACAAAGAAAAAAAUCAAAAUCCCAAAUGCAUCGCUUACGAUUACAACCGAGUGGUUUUGGACCAAUUGCCAAACGUACCGGAUUCGGAUUAUGUCAACGCGUCGUACGUGGACAGCCUGUUGAAACCGAACGCCUACAUCGUCACGCAAGGACCCACAGAGAACACGGUCAACGAUUUUUGGCGCAUGAUAUGGCAAGAAAACGCGUGUUGCAUCGUCAUGUUGACCAAGACUUUCGACUUUAUCAAGGUUAUGUGCAUACAGUACUGGCCGUCGGCCAAGGUGAACAGUGAAAACUACGGCGAUCUCAAUAUAUCAGUGUUGCACGAAGAAGAAUUAGCCAAUUUUCACAUCAGGACCAUACAAGUGGUCAAAAAACAAGGAACGAAAGAAGAAGAAACCCGGACUCUACUUCAGUUCCAUUACACAGAAUGGCCAUGCCACACCUGUCCGUUCUCGAACGCGAUAUUGGAGUUCAGGCGAAGAAUGAGAGCAGUCGUAGGUUCCCGACUGCAACACGACAAUCCGAUCGUAGUCCACUGCAAUGACGGAGGUGGUCGUUCCGGCGUCUAUCUGUCGAUCGACGCCAACCUGGAACUCGCCGAAGAGGAAGACUGUUACGACGUGUUUGGUUAUUUGAAAACGCUCAGACAGUCCAGAAAAGGAAUGGUCGAGACACUGGUAAUCAACCAAUACAAAUUCAUAUACGACACGUUGGAGGAGUUCGUGCUUUGCGGGUUUUCAUGGUUUCCCGUCAAAGAACUUUCGCAAAAACUGAAACAAAAGUCCAUGAAGGACAUCGAGACAAAACUCAACGAAUACCAGAGAGAGUACCAGCAAAUCUGCAAGAUGACUCCACGUUUUACGAUCGGCGAUUGCGCGGGCGGUCAUCGAGGCGACAACCGGGAAAAGAACAGAGACGUGUUGAUCGUUCCGCCUGACAACUUCCGACCGUAUUUGACUUCGUUCCAAGGCAACACGUUUACCGACUACAUAAAUGCAGUGUUCGUCGACGGCUACACCAAGCCCAGAGAGUACAUCGUCACUGAAUGGCCCCUCAAACAUACACCCGGUGAUUUUUGGUCGCUCGUGUACGAUUAUGAGUGUUCGGCCGUUGUCGUCCUCUGCCUGCCGCCCAGAGACUCUCAACAAUACCCUCCGUUUUGGCCGGAAGGUAGACAUUCCAAGAAAUACGGUCCGGUGUUCACCAUCGAUCAUAUAUCUCACAAUCACUACGCGAACAUAAAGACAUGGCUGUUUAGGAUCAACAAAAAGAUCGUAUCGCUCACCGAACUCAUGGCCGGUGUAAAAGCGCCUCCAAGGACCGUCCAACUGUUUCAGCUCACUUGCUGGCCUCUGGGCCACAGGGUGCCCACAUCCACCAACUCUCUGGUCGAACUCAUGAACAUGGUCGAAAGGUGGAGACAGAGGAUCGAUUACGGGCCUGUCGUGGUCGUAUCGCACGAUGGCAGGGGCAGAUGCGGUGUUUACUGCGCUGCAAAUGCGUGUAUAGAACAAGUGAUCCAACACGGCGAAGUAGACGUCUUCCAAGCCGUAAAGACCGUCAGGCGUCACCGACCGCAACUCAUAGAGAAUAUGACUGAGUACAAGUACUGUUAUGAUCUGGUGUUGCACUACGUGCUGCACUACCUGAAUAAGGACCAAAAGGAGAAGAAAUGAGAUUACGAGGUAGAAGCUCAGUGGUACUGUCAGUUCGGUAGGGGCGCGGCGCAACC